CGCCCCCCCCGGUAGCGGGACCGCCCCGGGAACGGGACCCCCGGCAACGGGACCGCCCCUCCCGGUGCCCCCCGGUGCCCCCCGGGCCGGGACCAUGUCCUCGCGCUCCGCCCUGGCGGCGGGGAACGAGCGCAACGCGGACACGCUGGCGGGCCCGGGGGGCAGCGGCCGCCCCGAGAAGGGCGGGGGGUGGUCGGGGCGCGGGGCCGGAGCCCCCCGGGGCCGGAACUCGCUGGGUGCCGAGGAGCCCCCCCACGUGGGCAACUACCGGCUGCUGCGGACCAUCGGCAAGGGCAACUUCGCCAAGGUCAAGCUGGCCCGGCACGUGCUGACCGGCAGAGAGGUCGCCAUUAAAAUCAUUGACAAGACGCAGCUGAACCCCACGAGCCUGCAGAAGCUGUUUCGGGAAGUUCGGAUCAUGAAGGGGCUGAACCACCCCAACAUCGUGAAGCUGUUUGAGGUGAUUGAGACGGAGAAGACGCUGUACCUGGUGAUGGAGUACGCCAGCGCAGGUGAGGUGUUCGAUUACCUGGUGUCCCACGGGAGGAUGAAGGAGAAGGAGGCGCGGGCCAAGUUCCGACAGAUCGUCUCGGCCGUGCACUACUGCCACCAGAAGAACAUCGUGCACAGGGACCUCAAGGCCGAGAACCUGCUGCUGGACGCUGACGCCAACAUCAAGAUCGCAGAUUUCGGGUUCAGCAACGAGUUCUCGCGGGGCUCCAAGCUGGACACGUUCUGCGGGUCCCCCCCCUACGCCGCCCCCGAGCUCUUCCAGGGCAAGAAGUACGACGGCCCCGAGGUGGACAUCUGGAGCCUGGGGGUCAUCCUGUACACGCUGGUCAGCGGCUCGCUGCCCUUCGACGGGCACAACCUCAAGGAGCUGCGGGAGCGGGUCCUGCGGGGCAAGUACCGCGUCCCCUUUUACAUGUCCACGGACUGCGAGAACAUCUUGCGCCGCUUCCUGGUGCUCAACCCCGCCAAGCGCUGCACCCUCGAGCAAAUCAUGAAGGACAAGUGGAUCAACAUCGGCUAUGAGGGGGACGAGCUGACGCCCUACACGGAGCCGCAGGAGGACUUUGGGGACACCAAACGCAUCGAGGUGAUGGUGGGCAUGGGGUACACGAGGGAGGAGAUCAAGGAGGCGCUGAGCACCCACAAGUACAACGAGGUGACGGCCACCUACCUGCUGCUGGGGCGCCGGGGAGAGCCCGAGGGUGGCAGUGGCCUGUCCCUGUCCCUGUCGCGGCCACGGGGCCCGGCCGAGGCCCCCAACGGUGGCACCAAGUCGGGGACAUCGGGGACCCACGGGAAGGGACAGCGUGGGGGCGGCCACCACCGGCAGCGGCGGCACAGCGACUUCUGUGGCCCCGCGCCCACCCCGGCGCCCCCCAAGCGCAGCCCCACCAGCGCCGGCGCCGCGGAGCUGCGGGAGGGGGUCGGGGUCGGGGGGGGCGCGGGGGGCGCGGGGGUGGGGGGGGGGGCCGCCCCUCCCCCCUCCAGCCCCUUGGUCAGCAGCGCCCACAACCCCAACAAGGCCGAGAUCCCCGAGCGGCACCCGGACAGCGCGCCCCACGUGCCCCCCAGCGUGAUGGGCCGCAGGAACACCUACGUGUGCUCCGAGCGCCCGGGGGGCGAGCGGCACCUGCUGCUGCCCAACGGCAAGGACAGCCUGUCCCGGCCGCCGCCGUCCCCCUCCAGCCACUCCCUGGGCGGGGCUCACCUGGCGCACCUGGCCCGGGGCUGCUCCGCCCGCAGCACCUUCCACGGCGGGGGGGGCGGGGGCGGCCGAGACCCCCGCGAGCGCCGGGGAGGGGGCGCGGGAGCCCCCCCCGCCCCCCCGCCUCGCCCCCCCCCCGCGCCCGCCGCCGCCUCCCCCCGGCCCCGGCCCACGGCCACGCUGCUCAGCAAGAUCACCUCCAAACUGACCCGCAGGGUGUCCCUUGACCCCUCCCGGCGCCAGAGCUCCAAUCGCUGCGUGUCGGCCACGCCCGGCCCCGGUGCCACCAAGAUCCGGUCGCAGACGAACCUGCGGGAAUCGGGGGACCUGCGCUCACAAGUUGCCAUCUACCUGGGGAUCAAGCGGAAGCCGCCCCCCCGGCUGCUCCGAGGGGGGGGGGCUGUGACGGGGGGGCUCCACCGCCCCCCGCCCCUCCCCGCCUCCUCCUCCUCGCCGGGACUCCCCCGGGACCCCCCCGGGCCGCCCCUCCCCCGCUGCUGCCGCCGCCUGCACGGGGGGGGCCCCCGGGACCCCCGCGGGACCCCUGGGAGCACCCGGCUGCGGCUGUAGGGACCCCCCGGGACCCCCCGGGACCCUCGGAACCGCACCAGGACCCCCGGAAUUGCACCGGGACCCCCCGGGACCCUUGGAAUUGCACUGGGACCCCCCCCGGGACCAGACCGGGACCCCAGAACUGGACCAGGACCCCCGGAACCGGAUCGGGACCACCAUGGCUGCAGCUCCAGGGACCCCCCCCCAGAAUCUCAGCGGGACCCCCAGAACCUGCUGGGGACCUCUGGAAUCAGACCGAGACCCCCCCGGGACCCUCAGA